AUGGUGUGCACCACGCCGACGGACCGAUCCGUCGUGGCGUCCGAGGACAAGCUGGAAUGGAACGUCGAUGAGGAACGUAAGGCCAAGAGGAAAAUCGACAUGACUGUGUUGCCGCUACUUGUCUUGGGUCUACUCAUGUUCCAGCUCGACCGCAUGAACCUGGCUUCAGCACUUACAGCCGGCUUCGCGAGGGAUAUCAACGUCAGUCAGGAUACCAUCAAUCUGGGGAACCAGCUCAUGUUUAUGGGCACUGUUGUCCUGGAGAUUCCAUGCAACUUGCUCUUACAAAGGGUCCUUCUCUUCGGCACCGUCGCCACGCUGCAAGUCCUCGUCAAGAACCGCGCCGGCUUCCUCGCCAUCCGCCUCAUGCUCGGCCUCGCUGAGGCCGGGUACAUCCCCGGAUCAAUGUACACCCUAUCCAACUGGUACCCUAGACAUGAGCUGGCGAAGCGCAUUGCGGUGUUCAUGUUUGGGCAGUUUGGCGGCAACGCUCUGAGUCCGCUGCUUGCUUCUGGGAUACUGAAACUGGCAGGGAAGGGUGGGUUGACGGGUUGGCAAUGGCUUUUCUUGAUUGAGGGCCUGGCGACUCUUGUCGUUGCCAUGAUGCUCGUCUUCCUCCUCCCCGGAUCCCCUGACACGCCAAAACCCCUCGGAAGCCAAGGGCUGAUUCGAUUCUCGACAAGACAACAGCAGAUUCUACAACAGAGAAUGCAAAUCGAUGAGCCCGGGAAGAGCGAUGGAGUACAAGGUAUCGAGAUCCCUUGGGCCCUCGUCUGGAAGACAGUCAAGCACUACAAGAGAUGGCCACACUACGUAUCCACCUUUUGCGUCUUUUCGACAUGGUCGCCGCUAACCACGUAUACCCCUUCCAUCAUCAUGUAA